CACCUCCAGUCAGGAUGAGUUCCCUGACCUCUGACCCUAACCAGACAGACAUCAACACCAUCAUCCGACCCCCUUACUUCUUCAUCAGUGGUUUCAUAGCCAUCCCCGACAUGAACUACUACUACAUCUUCCUCUGUUUUGUUUACAUCAUCUCUCUGGUGGGCAACACCUUCGUCAUGACUGGCAUCUACGUGGACCGCAGUCUCCACAGCCCCAAGUACAUCGCUGUGUUCAACCUGGCCUUCACAGACGUGUGUGAAAGCACGGCCCUGGUUCCCAAGCUGCUGGACAUGUUUCUGUUCAGCAGACAGCUCAUCUCCUACGAUCAGUGUCUCACGAGCCUCUUCUUCGUCUUCCUCUUCAUCACCAUGCAGUCCUUCAACCUCACCAUCCUCUCCUAUGACAGACUGGUGGCCAUCUGCUGCCCGCUCAGGUACCACAUGAUGAUCACUCACAGGUCCAUGCUCCAGCUGACGGGGGCCGCCUGGGCAUUUGCUGUGUUGAUGGUGUUGAUCUCUGUGUGUCUCAUCACCCGGCUCUCUUUCUGUAGGUCUCUGGUGAUCGACAGCUACCUCUGUGACCACGGUCCCCUGUUCCGUCUGGCGGCCCCCUGUUCUAACGUGGUCCCUAAUCAGAUGAUGGCGUAUCUCAACCCCUGUAUAGUUCUCUAUCUCCCCAUGGUCUUCAUCAUAUCAUCAUACAUCUGUAUAACACACGCCCUGUUCACCAUCACACUGCCCCAGGACAGACUCAGAGCCAUAAAGACAUGUACCUCACACCUAAUACUGGUGGCCAUAUUCUACCUGCCUGUAAUCUUAACAUACCUCCUCCAAUCCCUCAUACCAACCAACGCCCGGAUCAUCAACCUCUCCCUGACCUCGAUACUGCCACCAAUGCUCAAUCCCAUCAUAUACGUUCUGAAGACAGAGGAGUUUAAGGUAUCAGCCAAGAAGAUGCUCAGAAGAGGGGCCCAAAGAGCUGUGACGCAGGUCAAACCAACAUGAAGUACUUGAAUUAUUUAUCUUAAAAAUAAUAUAUUUACAGUGCCUUCUGAAAGUAUUCAUACCUAAACAACCAUUUUCCAGUCUUGGCAUAGAUUUUCAAGCCGAUUUAAGUCAAAACUGUAACUAACCCACUCAGGAACCCACUCAGGAACCCACUCAGGAACAUUCAAUGUCAUCUUGAUAAGCAA